GUAAACAACUAUAUUCUAAAUUCCUGUGUUUUAAAUUCUAAAAACCCAAUCAAAUCGAUGCAGUUGAAGUAUGCAAAAUCGUCCAGCAAAUUCGCCUUUGAAGACUAGAAAAUACUCCUUUGUGAAAGAAACAAAAACAAAACCACCGUCUGCAAAAAGUGGGUUUCAUAAGAAUUGCUCACCUACUCCUGAAACUUAUUUGAGACAUAAACCAACCUCGAUUGGAUACAACAAUGAUCCAAAACCCUUAAAUUGCAAACUUGCGGAUAAAAGUGUUUCCCCUAAGCAACUGAACCAGUGUAAAGCACCAAAUUUAUCUACUAGACCAUUACCUAGAUAUGCCACAUCUGCAAACUCUAGACUUUCUUCUGUCUCAAAAAGAACUUUCGGAAAUACCUUAGAUGUUUCGUCUAAGCAGUCACCCCUGAAGAACCCAAUAUCAACUCCGCCUCCUCAGGAAGAAGUGUUAAGAGAUGUUUUGAAUCAGUUUUCUUCAAAGUUUGAAGGAAUCUCUAGGUCUAUUAUCCAAAUCGCUGACUCUAAAAGGCCUGUGAGAACCAAAUCUCUAGAAGCUCUUCUAAAUCUGGAGAUAUCCAACUCUCUUGGUGACGCUGUUAAUGAUCCGGCUUAUUCUCAAGGUUUCGUAGCAGCUACUAGGAGACUAUUGGAGGAACUCGUUGAACUCUAUGAAGAAGGAAAACUCAACCCGAAUCUGCUGAAAGAGCGACGGUCCUUCAUCAGGGCAAGCUCGGCCACCACAGUCUGCUACAGAGACAGAUAUUUCAAGGAGCUUGUGAUGAAUGUACUGCAAAGCAUGACUUCUAGUGAUGUCGAGGAGGAGGUGACAAACCAAGCAGUGCAAAGUGAAGAAAGCAAGGAACGCAUCAGGGUCAUCAGGGAAAUGGUGAGAACAGAGGCGGGGAUUGAACCAGACAACUUCAAGGAACUGGAACAAAAACUGGAACAGUUGAGAAGGACUUUGUCCAAAAACAAGUUGGAGGUCAAGAAAGCAGCCUUAGAGGUGGAGAGAAUAAUUUCCCAACAGACUUUAGAUCGAAGCAAUUUUGAAAUACCAAAGCCAGUUCGAGAGGUGUUAAAAUCAUGUUGUGACAAAAGACUGAAAUCUGGAAGUGAUUUUGGAGAUGGCGGAUCCUAUGAUCAGGAACUCAUAAAGGGAACAAGUUUAAAAAAUAAAGCUGGAGACGGUUUGGAAAAGUACAAGUACAGUUUGAACGCUGUUGGUGAAGACGUUUGUUUUUCAAACGGGAACUCAGAUGAGAUUAAAAACAUUAGACCGGAACUGAAAAAUUUGGUACAAGAAGAAUUACUGAAGAUGAGAAUGAAUAAAGAAGAAAUUUUGAAUCGAGAUAGAGAAUCUGAAAGAGUAAUAAGAAUAGACAAGACACCCAGUAGUUCACUUGAGAGUGUAGAGUAUAAAAGUGCAACUUCAAAUUUUGGAGAUGAUGAUGAUGAAGACGACGUUCGCGAUGAAGAAACUAAAAGGUUUAUACAUGAUUUUAAGACUGAGAUAGAAGGAAAACAAUUGGCUGAUGAAGAUAUUUUAUACUACAGACCUCAAGGAUGUUAUAUAACAAUUAUGGAAAAAAUAGAUGAAGAUGAAGAGGAAACUAGCUAUGACAAGCCAGAAGAAAAGUCUGUUGAUUUUACAAACAAAGAGAACAAUAGUUCUUCUUGCCCUUUAAAUUCAUCAAACAGUAAAUCCAAUAUUCAAGAAUUCAAUGAGACCUUGACACUUCGUUUAAAACACCAGUACAAAAGUGAAAAGCUGGCUAGUGGGAAGACUACGAUUGAGCGAGUUAAUUCCGAAUGGGUUUACCGAGAGGCUUCCGAUAGUUGUGACUUUCAAUCAGAAAUUGACAAAAUGCUCAAAACCCUCCAAGCUGUGUCAAGUUUUAAUGACACCACUGAGGGAAAUGAGAAUGCUAAACGCGAUGUGGGAGGAUUAGAUAAAGCUAUACAAAUUAAUCCUUAUGAAAUUUGUCCAUGGGAUUACUCAGUGGGGGAGUUAUCCGACGUACUAAUGAAGAUUUCAAUAAAAAUUAAUGACCUUCCUGAAUAUUUACAAGAGACAAGACUGAAGUCCUUUCCCAAAGAGAAAUCCCACGAAGUUUGUAGCCACUAUUUGUUGGAAAAAAGUAUGAAUUUUUCAAAUGUUGAAAAAAAGAAAAGAGUUGCUGAUGGAACAAAUUUAUUAGUGAAAGGUUUGGCUGAAACAUUUUAUUUCUUGUCUACUUCUUUGAAACAAUCUCCCGUGGAUAUACAAUCCGAAUCUAUAUCUGUUCUAAAACCGCCCAAAUCCUUGAUUGAGACCAUUUAUGCUCUUGGCUCAACAGCUUAUUUUAGAGAUUGUUUUAAAUCAGGAGGAGAAAACACAGAACAACUUACAGGGCUCUUGGAAAGCAAGUUUGAACUAAACAAUUGUAAAAAUAAACCGAAAGAUUUGAAAGACAAUUUUAAUGUACAGAACAAUUCCUCAUUAGAUACAGAGAGUUUCCGCACACCUAAAUUGUACACUUUUAACAGAGAUAAAAAAAGACCUGAAGAUUUAGAUAAGAAUAUUUCCAAAUUUGAGCAUUUCAUAGGCCUAUCAGCUUCUGUAAUGACAAUACAAGAUGUUUCCGACAUGUUCUUAUAUCUAUCAACAGUUUUAAACGACGUUCCAGAGAGACUUAAGUCAAUGAAGGUUCUCGACCUUGACCCCCCUUAUUCUUUUUUGAAAGCUUUAGACAUCUUGUACAGUGAUGGUGGUGGAAGUGUAGAAGAAAACUUGUGUACAGAGUUUAAGAGGGAAAAGAGUUUUCCUUCCUUGACAGUACAAAAUGUUGGAGACUUUUUGUUGAGUUUAUCAAAAACAUUUGAUGAUAUUCCUGAAAAUAUUAAAGGUGCCCCGGUCACAGACUUGGAUCCCCCAGAUUCUCUGAUAAGAGCGAUCACACUGCUGACUUCUCUUUCGCAUUUUAGUAUUCCAGAAAGUUACAGUCAAGAAAUCGAACUUCAUGAAGUUUCUCUUGUAGCAAAUGAAGGAGUCGGUAACAAUAAGGAGGGUAACACUAGUGCAGACAUAUAAAGAUUCAAUGAUUUGAAAUUACAUUCUAUUUGAUUGGGCAUAUUUGUUACACUUGUACUUUUAUGAAUUAUAUAUUUUAACCUUGAAA